UCUUCUUCUUCUUCUUUUUCCCAUCUCAAGUUUGAGGUUAAAGGUCAAAGCUUUAGUGUCAGGUUAAGCUCUGAGUCCAUGGUUAUGGUGGAUUCCACUUUGUUCUUAUUUGGAAAAAAAUGGGAACUUUGAUAGUUGAUUGAGGUUUUUAUCAUUUUACUUGUGUCAUGUGUGGCUGGUAGGUUUAUUUUUGUUGUUUUGAACUGUUUUCUUGAUGAUAAUGUAGCUUCAUUUUUGUGGAAAUUCUAGGGUUUUUGGGUUUUGAUUCAAAGAGAUCUCCUUUUGCUACAUAAUAAAGUCUGGUCAGAUGAAAAUGUUUAGCUUCUCCCGUAGACGCAUGAAGCUCGGCAGAGUGAAGAAAGUACAACUUUCGGAGUCCGGACAUGGAACUAGGAGUCCUAUAAGGCCGCCCAAAGGAAACAACAAUACCAUUGUGGAGUCUUCUUUGCCUGCCGGUAGUCAUUCCGAUGAAUUUGACUCCCAAGGACCUUCGGCUGCCCCCGAGAUUAAUUCAUCAGGGAACUCUGAGAACUGGAUGGUGUUAUCGGUUGCCGGGGAAAAGCCUGUGCCUCGCUUUAAUCAUGCAGCCGCCAUGGUUGGGAACAAGAUGAUAGUGGUUGGCGGUGAAUCUGGGAAUGGAUUGUUAGAUGAUGUGCAGGUUCUUAAUUUCGAUGAUUUUUCCUGGACCAUGGCAUCAUCAAAGCUCUACUUGUCACCGAGCAGUCUUCCGUUGAAGAUUCCUUCAUGCAAGGAUCAUAGUUUCAUUGGGAAAAAGGCCCUCCUUGUCGGAGGCAGAACUGACCCUGUGAACGACAAAAUUUCAGUAUGGGCAUUUGAUACCGAGACGGAAUGUUGGUCAGUUAUGGAAGUAAAAGGAGAAAUUCCGGUUGAGCGAAGUGGUCACGCUGUGGUCAGGGCAAACUCUGUUCUAAUCCUUUUCGGGGGUGAAACUGCGAAAAAGAAGAAACUGAACGACCUACAUAUGUUUGAUUUGAAAUCCUCGACUUGGCUCACACUUCAGUGCACUGGAGCAAGACCGUCUCCGAGAUCCAAUCAUGUGGCAACUCUAUGUGAUGAUAAAACCCUUCUCGUAUUUGGUGGGGCGUCAAAGUCCAGGACAUUGAACGACUUGUACUCGCUUGACUUCGAAACGAUGGUAUGGUCAAGAAUAAAAAUACGUGGCUUUCAUCCGUCGCCUAGAGCCGGUUGCUGUGGAGUUCUGUGUGGAACGAAAUGGUACAUAGCAGGGGGUGGAAGUAGGAAAAAAAGACAUACAGAGACUUUCAUCUAUGAUGUUCUAAAGUCCGAGUGGUCUGUCGCCGUUGCAUCACCUCCAUCUUCGAUCACCACUAACAAGGGGUUUAGCCUAGUACUUGUGCAGCAUAAGGAUAAGGAUUUUCUUGUUGCAUUUGGUGGAUACAGGAAGGAACCUUCAAAUCAGGUUGAAGUACUCAUCAUCGGGAAGAAUGAAUCAUCCAUGGGUAGGCAAUCAAAUCUCGGUAAAUGUGCGGGAAAACGUUCAUCUGUGGAGUCAGCUAGCCAACCUACUACUGGUUCCUCUAACCGUUCAGUUGAUUCUGCUGCUAGACAAAAUCUAGCCUCUGCAAUCGAACAUGGUUCUGGUAGGAGAUCGAUGUCGGAUUUGUCACUUGCAGAUCAAAAUCCUCUUUCCGGAAAUGUCUCAUUACGGAAGCAAUUUCUUAGUGAGGAAGAACACAACACGAGUGUCAGAUUAAGAAAGAGUUCAGAGGACUUAAGUUCCAUCCUGCAGGCAACAGAACGAAAGCCAAAUCAAUCUGAUGCUGGAGUUCCGAUUAAUGUUCCUGGGACCAAAUUCUGUUCGGAUGAAUCAUGCCUAUAUGAAUGCGAGAGUUCAAAUCCCCAGGCUGAAGGGAUCACAAACAUUACUUUUGCUAGUGAUAAUUUCGUAUUUCCGGACAUGGAAGGUAAAUCAGGAGCUCUAUCAGCACCUUCAAGCAUAUAUCAGUUUUACGAGACCAGAAUGGCUGCUCUGAGUAGAAAAAACGGGAUUUUAGAAGUACAGUUGGCUGCUGCAUUGGCAAGCCGAGACAGUGUGGGGAGAAACUUAGGUUCGGCUUUGAAGAGCAAAGACGAGAUGGAGAAAAGACUUGCAGACACAGUGGAAGAGAUGGACUUGCUAAAAGAGAAACUAGCUAGCAUAGAACUUGCACAAGAAGAGGCCAACAACUUGUCGAACAUCGUCCAUUCGGACAAUGUUAGACUCGAACAUGAUGUGGCUUUCCUUAAAGCAGUUCUAGAUGAUACUCAAAAGGAACUACACUCGACCAGAGGCAUCCUUGCAGGAGAGAGGGCAAGAGCAUUCCAACUACAGGUUGAAGUUUUCCACCUCAAGCAAAGACUGCAGUCUAUGGAGAACCGAGCACCGACUCCAAGGAAGCCAUUCAAUGUAUAGUGUUGGACCGAAACCGACUAGUUACAGCCAUCUUACAUGGUAAGAGGAACAGUCCGAAUAAACAACUGCUCAACUGGCCCCGAUUUGGGCCCUUGUCGGAUAGAACUAAGUAAUGGAGCUU